AUGCAGCGCUGUUGCCGGUGGCGGCGGUGGUGGCAGUGGAAAUGCUGGCGGUGGCGCUGACGUCACCGCGCCAUUUCCGACGUCCGCUGUAACGGCUACAGCCAGUACCACCGCUAGCAGGGCGACAGCUGCCGCCGCUAACGCAGCUGUAGCUACGGAUCGUGGCAUUGACAGCGCCUCGAGAAGCAGCAGCGGCGGCGGCAACGGUGACGGCGCCGCUAGCGCUGGAAGUACGACAGCGUCUGGACUGUCGUACACAGGUUCCGACACGCGGUCGCUGCCGCGGCGGCCGCGGACACGGGAGGUGGCGAUCGUAGCGCUUGACCUCGAUGGCACUCUCCUGGACAGCCGCAGCCGCAUCCUGCCCUCCUCCGCCGCGGCUAUCCGCGCCGCGGUGGCUGCGGGGGUGCUGGUGGUGGCGGCCACAGGAAAGGCGCGUCCAGCGGCACUGGCGGCGGCGGCCUCUGCGGGUGGGGAGGGGGGAGAGGGGUUCUCCACUUGCCGGGGCGUAUCCCUGUGUGCGUUUCUGGGUGACACAUGCGCUACACCCCAACUAACUAACGACAUUCGGGAGCUUCAUACCACCUACUAUGAGCCCCUCGCGGAGGUGGUUCAGUCGGCGGCCUCGCUGUUGACCGGACCUCCUGUACGGAAGCUUCUCUUCAUGACCGACCCUAGUACGGUAACACAAGAGCUGCUGCCGUACUGGACGAAAGAACUUGAGGGAUCCGGAGCACAAGUUCUGCAGGCUGUCCCCAAUAUGUUGGAAAUUGUGCCGUCUGGGAUCAACAAGUGGGCGGGUGUACGGCGGUUGUUGGACCACCUGGACCUACCGCCGUCCGCCCUGAUGGCGGUUGGCGACGGCGGCAACGACCUGGAGAUGGUGGCGGGGGCGGGGCUGGGAGUAGCCAUGGGCAACGCUGUGCCGGCGGUCCGGGCCGCUGCUGCGGCGGUGGUGGCGGGGCAUAAUGAGGGCGGUGUGGCGGAGGCGUUUGAGCGUUUUGUACUGCCUUGA